CGACGUUAGUUGGCCAACCAAUUCCUCAGCGAUAUCCCGGAAGUCUUCCUGGUCCUCGACGCUGCAUGAAUGUAGUGAAGUUGUUGUCAAAUAGGUAUGUUCUCAGAGUAUCUUGAGCGUGAAGAGUAUGAGGAUGACCUCUACCGUGACAGUGAGGAGGACUCUGGGCUCUCUGCAGACAGUGAUGUUGAAGGAUAUCUUUAUUCCCAGCUGCAUUAUGCAGCAUCCCCAAAGGAUGCAACUCAGGGUGCUGUUCCAGAGCCAAAGAUCCAACCUCCGGUGGAGAAGCCCCUGGUUGAGAAGAAAAAGCGUAUGCAACCACAACCUGUACCACCAGAGGUCAUAGUCAUUGACUCUGGGUCUGAUGUGGUGCUGACCUCAGAAGAUGAUGGAAUCUGUUCUUAUAAAGGGUCAAGGGCAUGCCUCCUCAGGAAGACUCUAGCCACCAGAACACCCUCCCAUGCCGUUGUGCCAAGCUCUGCUCCCAAGCGCCUGCCUGAUCAUCCGGUGGAGGUAGUGGUACUGGGAUCAGAUGACUGCUCAGAGGAGAGCUCUGAGGAGGACUCUGAGCAGGACUCUGAGCAGUGCUCAGACAGAUCAGAGGGAGAUGGCAAACAAAAAGUGAUCAAAGUUCACAAUGUAACGUCCAAUUCAGACUCUGACACUGAUUCAGAUGGGCUGGAGAAAUGGAUGAUUCUGGGCCAGGACAAAUGUAAAGAAGACCAAAGCAUUCAGCUUAACCUGGAGGGAUCACUUGUCACAGAUGACGGGGACAGCACCACUUGGACGAUUUCAGACAGAGACCAAUUGGCUCAGAUCGCAAAUAAAACCCCAGGAGAUCGAUGGUCAGCUGGUAGGCAACCAAGACGCUACUACACAGAGAAAACUGUGAUAUGCAACAACUGCAACCUUGCUGGUCACCUGUCCAAGAACUGCCCCAAACCACAGAAGCUGAGUGCCUGUUUGCAGUGUGGUCAGCGUGGGCACUUCUAUAGAGACUGUCCAGACAUGUACUGCAGGAACUGUGGACGACCAGGACACACUCACGACGUGUGCUCGGAGCAGUCCUACUGGUACAAGCAGUGCCACCGCUGCAACAUGAAGGGCCACUUCCAAGAUGCCUGUCCAGACAUAUGGAGGCAGUUCCAUCUCACAACUGUUACUGGGCGCCCAUGUAAACCAGCAAACCCACAGGCACACCGCACGCCUCCCUACUGCUGCAACUGCUCCCAGAGAGGACACUUUGGUUUUGAGUGUUCCCAUAAACGGAUGUUCAGUGGGACCUUUCCCACUCUCACAUUCAUAACUUACUAUGACAAGCCUAAAGACAUUAAACGCCGUGACCAUAUCAUGCAGAAUAAAGCCAAAGCGUUGGCGGAGGCUGGACAGCUUGACUUCUCUCCUGUCCGUCAAACGGAAGCAGCAGUCUUUUCACCACCCUAUAAGAAACAGAAGACCCAUAACCAGGGCUUUCACCACCACAACCCGCAACACAGUCACAACCGUAAACACGACCACCUGCUGCAGGGUAGCUCUCGACCUAAAGAUGUUCACUUCACAAGAACCAUGCACGGCAAAAGCCCUGCGAACGGGACGCCUCGCCACCACUUUUGGAAGAAGAACAUCCCCACACCGGACAGAGACACUAGCCAAACUCCCCACAGUCACAAGAAGAAGAAGGCGGCUGGCAAACUUGUGCUGCAGGAGGGUGAAGACUUCCCCCGUGGCCCCAAGCCCUGGACCCCACACAGCUCCAGCAUGCUGUUCUGCGCCUCCGCCGAGGGCAGCGCCAACAACAAGAAGAGGCGCCAGAGGAGAGCCAAGGAGUGGAGCGCACCUAAGGAGCACUCGGCUGGGCCUGCAGACGAGAACCUGUUCUCCAUCAAACAGAGGACCACCAAACGCAGAGGAAAAUGAGCGUGGGUGUGUGUGCCCAUGUGAGCGUGCAUGUGUGUGUGCGGACAUGUGUGUGUGUGUGUGUUGGAGUGCAGAGAAUCUUUGGUAUGAAGCAUCAGCCUUGUUCUCAGUGCUGCUCCAACUUGUCUGCAUUAGAGCGCCCUCUGGUGGCUGAAGCACCAUCUUGACAAAGACUUUUGAAAGUGUUGAGCUGCACUCUAGUCCACAGCCUCAUCAGUGCCAUGCUGCUACAAGCCUGAUGUUUUUGGAAGGGAAAUAUAUGGAGUGAGGUGGUUCACAUUUGAAGCCUGAAACAUUUUCAGUUUUCAGCUUCAGUUAGUAGAAAUUUUUAUUUCAUUUUCGCUCUAGUUGAGGACCGGGAUUAAUUCAUGUAUGGCUAACUGGCCCUUUCCAGCUUUGAAGUCAUUUUAGAAAACAUGUAUGUUGAAAUGUAUUUAGAAAACAGUCACAGUAUUUCACAGAAGCUUCAUAACAGUCAUGAUUAAUUUAUUAUUCUCUGUGAUUAAAUGUUUGGGCUUCACUUUGA